CGUGGUCGUCAUCUCUCUCACUUCUCACGCUCCAUCCAUCAUCAGCCGCUCCUCGGACCCGAGUCCCAAAGGAGAGCCGCGGGGAGAGAGAGAGAGAAGGAGGGAGGGAGGCUUCGCGGAGUUCUCCCGGGAGUUGAGACGGAGUCGAGGUCUCCUCUGGCGGGUGCUGGUGGCGAGACGCUGGGGACAGGGAGACUCGCAGAGCCGGGCUCUGGGGAGGGGGGGGGGGGGUCCGCGCGGCGUGGUUACGUCUCGCUGCCGUGUCUCUCGGUCUCUGCCGCGUCCCUUCGCCGUUCCUCGCUCGCCUCUCCACCCCGUUUCUCGUCCGUCUGCUGAAGCCUCCGAUCACUUUGCUGCGUCUUGGCGUCUCUCUGCGGUGUUUCGAGUCUUUGCUGCGUCCCACUACAGCUGUCUCUGUGCUGUGCCUCUGUCACAUGUCUGCUGUGUUUCUAGUCUAAUUGCUGUGCGCCUCUGCCGUGUCUGGCCGCACGCUGUGUCUCUCUGCUGUCUCGCUCAUGUCUAUGAUGUGUCUGUCUAUUGCGUCUCUGUAACCUCUGCUGUGGCUUUCUAGUCCCUGCUGUCUCGCUAGAAUCUGCUGUAUCUCUGCCGUGUCUGUCUGCAUGCUCUGUCUCUCUAGCCCUCGCUGUCUCACUGUGUGUUUGUCGUGUGUCUGUCUGCCGUGUCUCUCUGAUCUCCGCCGUGUCUCUGCUGUGGAGUCGUGGCGCGGCCACCCUCGAGUCAUCGACUCUCUCUCGCCAUCGACUCCACAUCGACCCUCUUCCACUGCCACCGUCUUGCGCCUCUUCUGCCCUUCUUCUUGAUCCUCGUCCAGCCUCUUACCCCCCACCACCCUCACCCCCACCACCACCACCAUCUCUGCUCCUCCACCCGCCACUCCAUCACCCCCAGCUCGGCGAUGUCGAACCCCGGCACAACCGGCGACCUCAGCAGUGGCCCAACGAGACGCACGACCAGGUCCCUCGCAGAAGACGUCGCCGGCGGCCCAACCAGGGGGCCGGCUCGCGGCCUCGCGGGGGCCCUUCGCCCCGCGCCGCGCACCCACUGGGUGGUGAGCGCCCUCGCCGCGCACUUUGGCCACGACCGCGGGGCCGAGAACGAAAUCGCGGUGCUGGCCACCGGCCUCGACCAGUACCUCCAGGAGGUGUUCCACCACCUGGACUACCCCGGAGUGGGCACCCUGCCCGCAGACGACUUCAGGGCACUGUGCGACGUCUUGGGCCUCACGGACGAACGCGCACGUGGUGGCGGUGACGACGACGACGAGAGUGACUAUGAUGAUGGAGGAGGUGGCGGUAGCAGCAUCCGUCUCCUGAAGGACCUCCCCCAGAGGUUGACCUUCAGACAGUUCCACGCCAGGCUGUGCGACCACUUCUCCUGCGCCCAGCGUCCACCUGGCCCCGGGGAGCGCAUGCCCGUGGGCGAGGAGAACGAGCUCAUCGAAGCUCAGAUCAGGGUGCGAGACCCUGUGAGGAGGAGGAGGGCUGCGACGACGACAAAGAUGACGAUGUCGAGGAACACGUCCAGCAGCAGCAGUAGCAGCAGCGGUAGUAGCAGCAGCAGCGGCAGCAGCGGCGGCGGCGACGGAGGCUGCGCGGCUUCCCCUCCCCGUGGCCACGGCGAGACGGACGGGGGGUCCACGGAGGGGUCGGAGGAGUGGACGCAUCUCGCGGAGGACGAGAACGCGAGCCUCAGGGAGCUGGUGGAGGACCUGAGAGUGGCGCUGCAGAGCAGCGACGCGCGCUGCCUGGCGCUCAACGUGGCGCUGCGCAAGAGGCGCCUCCAGGAGCCCUCCGGCUCCACCCUGGGCUCUCACCCGGGUUCUCACCCGGACUCUCACCUGGGCACUCACAUGGGACCUCACCUGGACUCUCACCUGGGCUCUCACCUGGGCACUCACCUAGACUCUCACCUGGACUCUCACCUGGGACCUCACCUGGACUCUCACCUGGACUCUCACCUGGACCCUCACCUUGACUCUCACACAGGUUCUCACAUGGACUCUCACCUGGGCCCUCACCUUGACCCUCACCUUGACCCUAACCUUGACCCUCACCUGGACCCUCACCUGCAGGCGGCUCUGCGGCACGCGGUGCACAGGGAGCGCGCGCUCGUGCACGCGCAGCUGGAGACGGCGAGGAGGGUGCGCGAGGCGCGGCGCCUCCUCGCCAAGGGGCUCGCGCGCGUGCUGCAGCUCGAGGCGCUCUGGAGCAGGCACCAGGCGCAUCAUCGCGUCCAGCACUCCCCGGCGGCGGAGCGCGACAGGAGCUUCUCGUGCGCCUCUCUCCCGUCGCCCAGACGCCGCUCGCCCACGGGCGGCGCUGCCUCGCCCACGUCGCAAGGCGAGGAACGUCUUCUCCUCCGUGCCGUGGAGGGCCAGGAGGCGCCCGGCGAGGCCGUGGACGCGUGGAGAUGCGGGCCUCGUGCCGAGGCCGGCUUCCCGCUGCCCGGCAAGCGGCCGACGCUGCCGCCCGAAUGCUGUCCCUACGGAUGCCGCAAGGGGCUGGUCAAGCGGCUGGUGCGGACGUUCAGUGACCCGGAGGGCAGCCGAGAGAAAGGUGGCGGCAGGACGUGGGAGAAAAUCGCCGCGGGGAGCUGGGAGGCGAGUCCGGCGAGAUGCCCGGAGGCCUUUCCCGGCGACUGGUGGAAGAAGGGAACGCCUAAGGGGUCCUCGGCCGGAGGCUCGGAGAUGGUGGAGCUGAUGAGGAGGGUGCAGAGGCUGUCGGCUCAGCUGCAGGAGGAGCAGGAAGUGCGACGGCGGAAGGGCGACGCACAGCAGUGGAGGGAAGGGCUCGUGGCGGAGCUGCGCGCCCGGCGAGAGGAGGGCCGGAGGCUGCAGACGGAGCUGCAGGUCCUGGAGGCGGAGCGCGUGCGGCUGUCCCUGGUGGAGGAGAAGAUGGGCGACGUUCUGCACGCGAUGCGACGCCUCGGGACACUGAACGCGUCCAGGCACCUGCUGGGCAAGAUCCUGGUGGACACGCUGGAGUCGUGCCGGGACGCGGGCGGCCGUGACGACGCCGCGUGCCCGGAGGACGUCUCGGCCGUGCUGGACGCGCUGCACCAGCGGCUGUCGGCGUGCGACCCGCUCGGUGCGGUGCACCUCGAGCCGCUCGCUCCGGGACAGAGGAGGACGCCCACCACAGCCGCCGUCGCCGCCGGCUCCUCCGCUCCCUCCUCCUCCUCCUCGUCCUCCUUGCUGUUGUCGUGCUGAGGGCGAUAUUCCUCCCGCUCGCUCUGAAGCUUCGGGAGAGAAGGGUUAUGGGGGGAGUGAGAGGGGGCUUUAGUAGCCAAUGAGGACAGAUUGAAAUCACGGGCAGAGGAGGAGAGGAAGGUUCUCAAGCCUGGGCUUAAACGGGUGGGGCAGGGGGGGAGAGGAGCAGAGGAUGGAGUCAGCAGUGUGGAUGUAUGUUGAUAAACCUCUUCAAUGUAUGUUGAACUUCUUUCGCGCCGUACGUAGCCAACCAUGCUAAUCGAAGAUUGGGGGGGGCUACAACAAACUAAACGCAAAGAGCGGUUCUAAAGAAAUGAGUUUGUCAAUCUGGACGACGAUUUAAAAGUGCACCGCUCCAGUGGCUUCCUAAUAUCGGAUGGGAGAGCGUUCCAGACGGCCACAGAAGAGCACUUGCAAACGCGCGAUGGAUGCCCAGGGGAAGGGAGUUCCAGGCUCUAGGGAGAAGCAUUAGCAGCAUCAGAGAAUGAGCCACGGUCCUUGGAGCCGAGGUUGACUGGGGGUGUCAACAGGAGGCGUGUGAUUAUUGAGUGGAGGAACACGCGAAAAUAAUAAGUGGGAUGAGGGGGUGGGUGGGGAUGUGUCCUAUGAAGAUGGUGAAAUACUCGGGUAGGGACAUAGCGGAGAGGUAGAAACAGACAGGCAAGCACGUGGACCCUGGUUUGCGAGAGUGCAGUGGAGAUGUAGGCAAGGGAUAACACCACGCAGAAUCUUGAAUCAUGAUGUUUUGUAAAAAUUGGGUUAGCGCACGUAAAUGUAAAUAUGUCAUAAACCCACCUCCACCAGACAUAGCCAAUGAGUAAGGUUUGUCACGUGAACAGACCGUGCCAAUUUGUUCCAGCUGAUGAUGCUGGUUUUUGUAAUCACCAGCGAAACAUCGUUAACUGAAUUUGUAAAAGUUGCUGUGAGUUUGCUUUCCAGCACACAACCGGUGGUGCUGAAGUAGUGACGAAUUGGCCCCUUCUGUUCACGGCGACAGCCCUUACCGAUUGGCUAUCUCGGGUAGAGGUGGCUUCAAGACACAUUUACUCGAUAUAACAUAACAAAAAAACGCUAUCAUGAAUAAUAUUGGUCGUGCAAGCCUGAACGUGUUAGAAUCUUGAACGUGGCGAGUAUUGAUCUUGAGGUUCAUUGAAGAUUGGACCGAGAGGCAGUGCAAGAAGCUGAAGAUUGUGGUGAUGUGGUCUCGGUAGGAAAUGUUUGGCUACAGACAAUGAACAGGUGACAAGCAUUGAUGUUUACCGCAGAAAAGGGCAUUGCAUUGUUGUUUUAUCGACGCAUUAGGAUACGGCUCACAGAACGGUGGUUUGUGUAAGAUAUUAAACUGCUUCGCCGUGUUGGGUUACGUGGGCUCGCGUGGUUCUAAUCGCUCGGUUGUACAAUCUCAGAAUUCGAACACUUGCUGCGUUUCGCGGUUAUUUGGAGGAGCAGCGGUGGACCAGGCGCGCCAGCAGCGUUUGAAACCCACAGCGCAUUGUCCCAGUGCACUGGGGGUGUCCCAUUUAAUAACCAACCGGACACCGA